GUUUGACCAGCAGGUGGGAGUAGAGAGCACAGUCUUUGCUCCGGUCUACCCUGCAGUUGACAGUGCAUGUCCCAAAUAAAACAAGUAGUGUAACACUCGUGGGACGGAGCUGCAUGGAGAGAAGCUUCCCCCUUUCCCACAGCGUGGAGUUGCCAAGGAACUGGAGUGAACCUGCGAUUUUUCGCUGUAUCUGCUCUCCUCCGUUGUAGGGACUGUGUUAAUUUUUACUUUUUUAUUAGUUAUUUUUGUUGCAGUUGAUUUCCGAUCACUGGAGAAAGUGAGUGUACUUGGAUAGUAAUCAUUUGUGUCCUUUUUUAAACAAUUUGGGGAAUUUGGACGACAGGGAGAGACCUGGAGACGCACAGGAUUCAGCAAUCCAGGUUGGAAUUCCUUUUCAUUAUCGGGAGAACAAAACGACACUAUCCACGUUCAGGAAGCCUAUUCACACUUGAGUGAUUCUUCAUUUCCUAGGAACAUGGUUGACAGUUUGAUUGUAUCUUUACGAUUGGUCAGCUCCAUAGUAUUGUUAGGAUUUCAGCUGGUUUUCUCACAGCUGUCAAUUGAUCACAGAAAGGUUCCACAGAGGAUAGAGCAGAAUGAUACUACAGAAGAUAUCAGUGCUGGGUCUGCAGGAGUGUGGGGCAGUUGGGGUCCUUGGUCAGCUUGCUCUAGAAGCUGCAGUGGUGGAGUCAUGGAACAAACCCGGCCCUGUCUUCCAGCUAGUUAUCAAGAACGGAGAUAUAAUGCUCCAAAUUACCAGUAUUCCACUGGUGAAAGACCUUCCAGCAACCAGAAUAUUCUUGAUCGUGAGACAGCACUGAAUCCAUACCCUGGACAUGUUGUAUCAGCCAUUCGAACAUCUGUGCCAUUGCACCGAAGUGGACAAAACCCUAAAUUCAAUCUCCCAUCUUCCAGUGAUUUAAGUCAAACUCAUCUUGGCAGAGGAAUAUCAGGAGGAAAUCGACAGCCAUUGCCUCAAAGACCAAGCCCCAGGUUUGAAAGAAGAAACCGAACAAGAACUUCAAUCAGUCCAGGAUCGUAUGGAUAUGGAAAGGUUCCUUAUAUAUUACCGCUACAAAGUGAUACAGGUCAAGAUUCCCCAAGAAAAAAGAGACAGUUGCGUCAGUCUGGGAGACAGCCUACACGAGAGCAGAAUGCGUCCCAGAGCCGCUUCUCCAGCAUGCCAUCUAUGCAUCUGGGUAACUUUUACCAAGAAGUUUAUCCUCCAGUCAGGUCACAGUUAGAAGAACCUUCAGUUAAUCACCGUCUGUCUUCCUUUUCACAAACUAUGCCAAUAUCACAGAGUUUAGUCCCGGAUGUAUCCAGACAGGGCUCUACUUCACUCCAUCUGCACCGAGAUAAACAACCAGGACAGCAUGGAACUACAGCCAUCACCUGUACUGGAGCCUACAAACAGCAUAAGCUGUGCAAUAAAAAUUUGUGUCCUGGAAACAACAGAGGCACAAGAGAAGUGCAGUGCGCAUCUUAUAACAACAAACCCUUUAUGGGUCGACUGUAUGAAUGGGAACCGUUCUCUGAUGGAAAUGGGGCUCUGAAGUGUGAGUUGACAUGCAGGGCAAUGGGCUACAGGUUCUACGUAAGGCAAGCUGAAAAGGUAAUAGAUGGAACACCAUGUGACUUAAAUGGAACGGCUGUUUGUGUAUCUGGCCAAUGCAAGACUAUUGGCUGUGAUGACUUUUUGGGAUCAGACAAAGCAGUUGACAAGUGUGGAGUCUGUGGAGGAGAUAACACAGCUUGUAAAGUUGUGUCUGGGGUCUUCAAGCAUGUAUUAUCUAAAGUUGGCUAUCAUAAAGUUGUGGAAAUUCCAGAAGGGGCCACGAACAUCAAUGUUACAGAAAUGGCAAAAAGCAACAACUACUUAGCACUCCGAAGUCGCUCAGGCAGAUCAAUCAUCAAUGGAAACUGGGCGAUUGACAGACCUGGAAAAUAUGAAGGAGGAGGAACAAUGUUCACAUACAAGCGACCAAAUGAAAUUUCAAGCACUGCAGGGGAAUCAUUUUUAGCAGAAGGACCAACAAAUGAAGUACUGGAUGUUUAUAUGAUACACCAGCAACCAAACCCAGGAAUUCAUUAUGAGUAUGUUAUUCCAUCUGCAAACACUAUCAGUCCACAGUUACCUCCUCACCGGAGACCAGGGGAACCUCUCAAUGGCCAGUUAGAUAUAACAGAUAUCUCUAGCCCUUCAGAAAACAAAGACUCAUUCAGUGAUACCGACAUACAUGUAGGACAGCCAGCAGGAUCCCUACCACGCAGACAACCAGACAACCAAGUUCCUGCAGUACAGCCACCUCGGAGGAACAGUGACUAUAACUGGAAGCAAGUGGGCUCAACUGAGUGUUCAGUUACCUGUGGGAAAGGCUCGCGGUACCCUAUCUUUCGUUGUGUGAACAGGAAUACACAUGAAGAGGUGUCAGAUGCUUUUUGUGACUUGAGUACAAAGCCCAGUUCUGAGGAAGAGCCAUGCAAUCACUUUCCUUGUCCUGCAUUUUGGGACAUAGGAGAGUGGUCCGAGUGCAGCAAGACCUGCGGUUUGGGGAUGCAGCAUCGGCAGAUCCUCUGUAGACACAUAUAUGCUAACCGAACCCAUACUGUGCAACCACAUCGCUGCCAGAGCCAGGAAAAGCCAGAAACAACUAGCACUUGCCAGCUGAAGAUCUGCAGUGCAUGGCAAAUUAAGACUGACUGGACACCUUGUUCUGUGCCCUGUGGUGUGGGGCAGAAGACACGUGAUGUAAAAUGUGUCAGUAACAUUGGGGAUAAUGUUGACGAUGAAGAAUGUAAUAUGAUGCUUCGGCCAAACGAUAUUGAAAACUGUGACAUGGGUCCAUGUGCCAGGAGUUGGUUCCUUACAGAAUGGAGUGAUAGGUGCUCAGCAGAGUGUGGAGAGGGAGUGCGGACACGGUCAGUAGUUUGCAUGUCCAAUCACAUCAGCAGUUUACCGUUAGAAGGCUGUGGAAACAACAGACCACCAGAAACUACAAGCUGUGAUAACGGGCCAUGUCAAGGCAAGGUUGAGUGGUUUACUGGAGCUUGGAGUCAGUGCUCAGUUGAAUGUGGAACGGGAACUCAGCAAAGAGAUGUAAUUUGCAUUCGGAAGACAGCUGAGGGUUUUACAGUUGUGAAGCCUCUUGAAUGUUCAUAUCUGGAGCGACCUCCAAACCAACAGUCCUGCCAUCUUAAAUCCUGCGGCACAAAAUGGUUCUAUACUGACUGGAGUGCAUGCUCCAAAUCUUGUGAAGGUGGCUUCCGAGUGCGCGAGGUCCGAUGCCUGGCCGAUGACAUGUCACACAGUGAUACGUGUGAAGCAGAUCUUAAACCAGAAGACACAGAAACAUGCAAUCCACAGGACUGUAUUCCAGAAAUAGAUGAAACAUGCAAAGACAAAUACUACAACUGCAACGUGGUCGUACAGGCCAGGCUUUGUGUGUAUGCUUAUUACAAGACUGCAUGUUGUGCUUCCUGUGUGAAAGCAGCAAAACGACAAUCAGGAUUCAUAGGAAGGAGAUAACAACUACUGAGUCUUUUACCCAAGCACAAGAGGCAGCAGUGAAGUGAUGACAGUGACUGAUGACUCCCUGCCUCUGGCUUGUACAGUAUGAACUCUUCAUUUUACUACAAACAGGACUUCAGUUGAUCUGUCUGUCUCAUCCACCACCACUUUUAUAGCAAUAUUUUGACCUAUUACUUAAAUAAUAUGGACAGAAAAAUGUUCAGAGCACUAUUACAGUUUUAAACUUGACUUUGUAUACACUGUUUGAGCAAUAAUAUCCCCAACCUUGGGCAAAUAAGAGGAGCCAAAUUAAGAGGCACGAAGUUGGCAUCUCUUUUUUUGUUUGUUAUUUUUAUUAUUUUUUACUUGGGUUAUUGUGGUAUUUUAUGUACUGUAUAUAAUCAAGAAAUGGUUCUAGAUUAAUAAUAGUCUGGGAUGUUGGAUUAACAACCAUGUAAAUAAUGAUUUUAUAUAUAAAAUGGAAAUGCUGCAGUCUUAUGGUUCAUGUUAAUACAAUGGAACGUGUUGAAAUAAACAGUAUGUUGGGCUAUCUGUAAAUUUCUUAAUAAAUAGUAAAAAAUAUAAAAAAUAUAUAUAAAUCUGUUAUAGUAAACAGUUUGUAAUGUUGGAGGCUGCCCACUGGAGUGCAUUGUAAUUAUUGUAUAAAUUUGAACUAUAAAAGCUCAUAUACCUUCCA